GCAGAGCACAAGUACCGGAGGCGGUUUGACAUCAUAGUAUUCUGCUGUCCGACUCUCAUCGACAUUCCUCCGUCUGCGCGGGCCGCACCGCAGAGCCCAGCCGGGGUGCGUAAUUACGCACGGAGACGACGGAUCCGUGGCGUCGCUGGACACCGGCGGACAAAGGACGGCGAGCGAGCCGGAGUACAGCACAUGAGUUGAGCGGAGGGGAGGACUGUCGGAGGGGAAACGGGGGAGUCUGGAGUCGGAAGUGAUUUCUCUCUUCUUUUCUUCUCACCCCCCCACCUCAGAAAUGUAACUCACGUUCAGGAUUUCACAUGAGAAAAUACUCAGCGGGGACCGGAGAGAACAGGGACAGAAGAAAGAGUCACACUGAGUGGAAUCUUUCCCCAGAACAGCAUCCAGAUCCGCGGAGCAUGGGAGGAGUUGUCCGGGAGCUGUAAAAUGUACCCGAUACACAGAGAGAGGGAGCAGCCCAUCUUCAGUGCCAGAGCUCAUGUCUUCCAGAUUGACCCGGCCACCAAACGCAACUGGCUGCCGGCCAGCAAACACGCCGUCACCGUGUCCUUCUUCUACGACGCCAGCCGCAGCGUCUACCGCAUCAUCAGCGUGGGUGGGACUAAGGCCAUCAUCAACAGCACCAUCACCCCCAACAUGACCUUCACCAAAACCUCCCAGAAGUUCGGCCAGUGGGCCGACAGUCGGGCCAACACCGUGUACGGCCUGGGCUUCGCCACCGAGCAGCAGCUGCAGCAGUUUGCAGAGCAGUUUAAAGAGGUGAAGGAAGCGGCUCGUCUGGCCAGAGAGAAAUCCCAGGAGAGGUUUGAACUGGCCAACCCUGCUCUCAGCAUUGCAGCUCCGCAGCUCUCCCAGGAGUUGUCGGAGGAUCGACAUUCGCCGCCGCUGCUGACGGUUAACGGGCCGGGCGAGGAGAAGCUGUUUCGCAGUAAGAGCGCCGAAGUGGAGCUGACGGUGGAGAAGGAGCGGGUCAAGAAGAUGUUGUCUGAAGGGUCCAUGUGUGAGAUAAACCUGGAGGCUGAGCUCUUCACGCUGCAGGACAGUAACGCCAAACUGGUGGCAGCGCUGCAGGAAGCCAACAGCAGCGUGGAGCAGUGGAAGAAGCAGCUGGCGGAAUACGAGGAGGAGACCGAUCGCCUCCGAGACCAGGUGGCAGAUCUGGAGGCCCAGCUGGGACAUCCUGCUGCUGGUCAGACUGCUAGAGAGGAGCUGAGCCGCUCACUGGAGGAGCUGGAGGCCCUGCUGAGCGCCAGAGACCAGGAAAUUCACAAUUUACAGAGCAAGAAAACAGAUGUGGGCGAGCUGGAGAAGGAGAGGGAGGAUGCCAUGCAGACACUCCAGGAUCUGGAGAGACGAAACACUGAGCUGGAGGAUCGGGUUCAGAGCGCUGAAAACACGCUGGCCUCCAGCCAGGAGGAGCGGGAGCAGGCGGAGGUCGAGGUCCAGCGCAUCAUCGGGGUUCUGGACGUCAAAAUCUGCGACCUGAAGGACCUGAGACAGAACCUAGCGAAACUCGUUGAUAAAUAGCCACAGACAGCUGUCGGGCUGCAUCUCCACAGUCGGCGCUCGUGUCCUUCAUGCAGCCUUGAUUUGUGUCUCACUGAUGUAACAGCCGAGGAGAAAUCAAAGCAACAUGGAGGGAAACAUACAGGUGUUUUCCUUCAUGGAUCUGUUUGUCCAGAUCUCAGUGCAGGAAAACACACAACAACAUCAGAAACCUCUUACAGGUGCCAUGUGCAGAAUAAACCAUCUGUACUGUGCAUCAUUGUCACAGGCCUCUUGGAAUAAAUAAUAUUAACAGCAGACAGUUUGGUCUAAUUGACUACGGCUACUCUCCAUGUCACGAUUCCCAUCAGCUGCUUGACAUCCAGUCACUCAGGCCUGGGGAGGAUAAGAUUAUUUUCUUUCCUAGCCACUCAGAGAGUUUAGGGUUGGUCCAUUUGCUCUGGAUAAACAGCGCCCUCGUCGUUAUUUUUGAUGCCAUAGCAAGGAGAUUUUUGUUCAAAUCUGACCUGGUGGUUUACAGUGUAAAACUGUAGAGCUGAGGCUGAAAGAGGCUUCAAGUCAGUGAUGCUAUCGUUUGUUUAUGGUUAUUAUAGCGAAGCCUUUGCACAGGCACAAACAUUUCCAACAGGUAUCAGAGUAUUUUCUACUUUCCUUCAUGAACCGAAGAAGCGAUCACAACCGAACAGUCUUGACAAUGUGUUUAAUGAAAAACCGUAUUGCUGCGAUUUUCCAGCAGAACUGUGGGCCUCAGCCGUGUCCGGGCACAGACAGUAACUAACAGCAAGAGUUGCAUCAGGGAUGGUGUGGUUGAAAAAUCGAGUUCAAUGGACAAUUAAAAUGUUUUAUAUCUAUACUAAACAUGAAUAUUUUAUCAUAAUUCUGGACAUUUGGUUUACAGAAGCCUCAGUGACUGAGGUUUUGUUUUUCAGUGCAGUUUGGUAGAAACCCCCUUUUUCCACAUUAAACUGACAUAACAUAACUUUUAGAUUUGCAUUUUCUCACAAUGUUACUGGUAAGAACCGGGCCAUACAAGUAACUGCUUUUGUACAAUAACAUCCUUGAGUUUGUUUUUGCGUCGUCGUUAAUAAGACUGUGGAGAUGCAGCCAGUAGGAGUUUGGUUGGGGGGGAAGGACACAUGGAGGCAAAGACCUUACGUAAAAGUCAGCUCCAGUUCACCAUCAGCAGCCUGGACUGACCUUUUAGCAGCCACAAGAUCAACAGAGAUGUAACAACCUGCUCCCAUUCUGUCAUGAGGAUCUUUUUUUCUUUUCUUUCUUUCCUGAGAACAGCCUCUUUCUCACCACUCACGUUCAUCGAUGAGUUACUCACAGGCGAGAUGGGACGUCGAAUUCAGGCUGCAGCUUGUAGGUUUGUCCUCUCAACCAACCCCUGUAACGGGUAGAUCGGCAUUUGAAGGAAAGGUCUUAAUGCGUCACUGUGGCCUGUGGACAAAGUGCCCCCCCCCCCGUGUUGAUCGGAGUUGAACCGGAGAUUGCACUUGAUCGUGUCUGUGCCAAGUUUUGUUUUGUUUACAAGUUCAUAAUUUUUUUGUCUGUGCUCACAAAUCUAUUAAGUUCUACUUUAUGUACUUUGUGUUUUAAAACACUACCAUUUAAUAUUGUAGUAAUAAUAACAACAACCGUCAGGCUUAGUGAAGCAGCAGAGCAUAGAUAGAUCAUUAGGAGAGUGCUGCAUGAGCUCUGCAGAAGCCCCGUACCUGCCAAGGAAUGUGAAACUGUGCGUGUAUGCGCGCACGGGCACAUUACUUAGCAGUGUGCUACCUCAACUGCAGUAGUUUUAGCAAUUGGGUACUUAAUUGUCUUGUCUGUCCAGCUUUGUAUGUGAACUUCUGAUGCACACUAUUGGAUCUUUGCUUCUCACCCACUGAAGAGUUAUUUCUUUCUUGUUUCUUCAUUUGACGGUCAUGUAGGUACAAUUAAGGUGCAGUAUCUGCCACAUUCAUAACAUGUCAAAAUGUGUCAAAAAACUGGAUCUGAUGUAAUAAAUUGCCAUACGAUAUUGUAGCAUUAUGACAUUCGUCUGCAAUUCUCAACAGGUGUAUUUAUUAGACUCACUUAGAGUUUGGGUUUCUUGACUUUGAGAUUCUGUCUUAGGCGGCCCUGAUGAUCACCUCAACGAAUGCAGUAAUAAUGGUGAUAAUAUCAUGUUAAAUUAUUGAUCACAUUAAGGUUUUAUGACUGACCCUUUGAAUCACUUUGACUAGUUCUUGCACUAUCUGGCAUUUCUGAAAUCAUCCAUCACGGAGUCAGCGAUAUAGCAUAGAUGCCUGUUCUUUGUUGAUGCAAGUCAUUUGUAGGUUACAGCACCUGUUCUCAGCAAUUUCUGUUUGUUUGUCUGUUUGUUUCUCGUGUCUUUAAAAAACAUAACUGAUCGUUGCCAGUCUUUUAUCAAGCAUGAAGAAAGUACAGAGGCCUGCGGCUCCUCGGCACCAGCUCAGCAUUAAUGUCAGGAACACUUAGAUUCACAACAGCCUUAUUCCAGUGUAUAAUCACCACGCAACAACACUGAUAACAUGAGUAACAGUUUCUGUAUACACAGAAAGAGGAAAGUCUCACUCACCCGUAACAAACGAGUAUCAAUUGUUGAAUUUAAAAGGGUGCGUCAGUAAAUCAAGUGUUUAAAGAACACAACAUGAUAAGCUGUGUUGCAAUUUUAAAAUAAAUGAGUUAAAUUUUCACUACCUACAAAUUGAAAGGAGAAAUCCACCAUAUACUUCAGACUACAGUAUAUGGGGGCACCUUCUGGAAACAUUACACUUUUAUCUCCAUAAUGAUUCUUUCUGGCAGAAGUUAAUAACUUCUCUGUUCAAAAAUGUUUUAUGCCCCCCACUGGGCAGAUAACAGAAUACAUCCUAAGAAAUCCCAAGCUGAAACAGCACUCACCCCAAAAAACUAAAUCAUAUAUACACUGUCUGGAAUAAUGUUGCCAGCUAUGAGAGAGACUGCAGUACCAAAGAUGCACCACUAUCAUCUUAAAGCCACAAACUGGAAUAAACACAACUUUGUAUUAUGCUGAAGGUUCAUCUCCAUUUGAAUAUAAAAGUUACAUUUGUUUUUUAAUUGCUCAUUGCUCAGUGUCCCAAAAACAUCUGACCUUUCACUAAGAUGCAAAAUACCUCAUUACUUAAGUUAGUUUCACUCAAAUAUUGGCAAAUAUUUUAAGGCGAAAACAGUCAACUGGUGUGAAUUACUGAAAAUGAGGAGAGCCGGUGUUGGUAUGGGUUCUGACAAUGUGAGAUGAGUCCUUAUAUUUGUAUUGACCUGUUUAAACAUUAAAAAAAUAAAAUCA